CAUAGUACGCAGUUUGGUAUUUUCACACAAUCCGUUGAGGAGAAAGGAUCACAAAACAAAGAGUGAGGAUGGCGAAAGAGAACGAGCCGGCCAAAUUGCUCCUGCCUUACCUCCAAAGAGCGGAUGAGUUGCAGAAACACGAACCGCUCGUUGCUUACUACUGUCGGCUGUAUGCAAUGGAGCGGGGAUUGAGAAUUCCCCAGAGCGAGCGUACAAAGACCACCAAUUCCCUGCUUGUCUCUCUAAUAAAUCAGCUCGAAAAGGAUAAGAAGUCACUGCAAUUAGGUCCUGAUGACCAUUUACAUGUGGAGGGAUUCGCUUCAAGUGUUUUCUCAAAGGCAGACAAACAAGAUCGGGCUGGACGUGCUGACUUGAAUACUGCAAAGACUUUUUAUGCUGCAAGUAUAUUCUUUGAGAUUCUAAAUCAAUUUGGUGAACUUCAACCUGAUCUUGAACAGAGACAAAAGUAUGCAGCAUGGAAGGCUGCAGACAUUAGAAAAGCUUUGAAAGAAGGAAGGAAGCCUGUUCCAGGACCUCCUGGUGGUGAGAGAGAUUCACUGGACAUGUCAAAUUCUCCCUCAGGUGAAUAUGAUGUUGAAUUUCACAGGAGUGAUAUGUUGGCCAAACCUUCAACCGAAUUCAACUCAUCCCCUCAUCAUGUUGAUCAUAAUUCACAGCAUUACUCUAAUAUGCAGUCUCAUCCAGAAACAAUGCCUCAACCACCUUCACCCCAUGUUCCUUCACCUCCUUCAUAUCCAACGGACGACUAUCGAUCUCAUAAUUUCCAACAGCAUCCUUCUCCGAGUAACAAAACUGAAAAUGACUAUCAAUCUCAUAAUUUCCAACAAACUCCUUCAAAUCACAAUCCUGAGAACCCUAGUUAUUCUCCGUCCUACAAUCAUCAACCUUACAUGCAAGAGACUCACCAGACAACUUUGCCUCAACAACACUAUCAUCCUCCUCCACAUGAUGGUUCCUCCUUCUCAUAUCCCAACUUCCAAUCUUACCCUAGUUUUGCAGAGACUAGCCUUCCUUCUGUCCCUUCUCAUUAUCCAUCUUACUACCAAGGCGCCGAUGCUUCUUCCCAUUUGGUGCCGUUGCCACCUUCUAAUGCAGCGACCCGCCAAUCAACCUCUCCUUACACUCUAAGUGACAAAAAUGGGCCAACCACAGAAGCUGCACCACGUAUUGUGACCAAGGCAUAUCAGUACGAUAGCAACUACGAGCCUUCACCUGAGAAAAUUUCAGAAGCACACAAGGCUGCAAGGUUUGCAGUGGGAGCUUUAGCAUUCGAUGAUGUUUCUGUUGCUGUCGAUUACCUGAAAAAAUCUCUUGAGUUAUUGACAAAUCCCUCGGUUGGGAAUUGAGUGAUGGCCAAAGUUAACUAAAAGUUUGAGCAAAUUACAUCAUAAUAUCCUUGUGCAGUCAUUUUAAUAUUUCCCGAUUUGCUAAAUAUUUGCUGCAAUUGCCAACUGUGGAUGCAUGCAUGUUCAUAUAAUCAGAUUAAUAUCGUCUCACUUGCCAUUGUUAUAGCACUGUUCUACAGAUUAAGCUAGGCGUGUGGUGACUGAUUUUGGCAAAGUGGAAAACAAUCAGCCGGUGGAUGAAGUGGGUAGGGGUGGACUGAUUUUGAUUCUGGAUCGACCGGUUUCCCAUUUGAUGUACUGGUAUCGAGUUAGCUAGUGUCUGGUCUGAUUCCAGGCAUGAUAUCAAUGGGGAAUAAACUGCUAACAUUCAUAUAAAUUAUUCAAGUGCUUAAAUUUUAUUGAAAGAUUUAAAGAGAUUACAAAUAUCAAAUGCGAGUAGAGUAUUUUACAUUA